UUUUUUUUUACUCAUGGCGGCCUCCUCAUUGAGACAGCCUCAUGGCAGUGCUCAUGUACUCGCAUCGACUGAGAAGCAAGCUUCUAGUAACUCAGCAGGACUGUUCACCCAACAACAGCAAUAUGGCCAGCAACAACGCAGAAAGGGGUUCUUGGGAACAUUAGACAGACACCAGAUUGAUGGCCCUCUGUUCUUCAUCCUCACCAUCAUGAGUAUCUAUGUCUUGUUUCCGACCUCUUUUGCAAAGAAGUUUUUGUUCUUCCAGGAAUAUGAUGCCAUAACAGCCACUUACGAAAAAUCGUGGAACGAUACAUAUUUUGUAAUCUUCUGGGUGGCAGCAUUCACAUUUUUAAGGGCCUCGGUCAUGACUUAUAUCUUGACGCCCAUGGCUCGAAAUCUCGGCGCUAACAGUGAGCGAUCUGUGGUUCGAUUUGCAGAGCAAGGAUGGAUCUGUAUCUAUUACUCUUGCAGUUGGGUCCUUGGCAUGUACUGUAUCCAAUUGACUCCGACAUGGAACAACUGGUUUGUUUGGUUUCAUUCAGACCAAUUCUUUCACGACUAUCCACUCACAGCCUUGCCUGUCAUCACAAAGUACUAUUAUUACCUCCAAUUUGCGUUCUGGCUCCAACAAAUGUUUGUCCUCUUUAUUGAAGCACCUCGUAAAGACUUUUUGGCAACUGUCUGCCACCAUAUUGUCACAGUGAGCUUGAUUACUUUCUCAUUGGCAUUGAAUGUGACAACGUUUGGUACUGCAGUGUUCGUAUCGAUGGAUCUGGCAGAUAUUGUGCUAUCGUUUGGAAAAUGUUUCAAGUACAUUGAAAUGCCUGACAGUAUCUGUGACCCCAUCUUUGCGUGUUUCAUGAUCAUUUGGAUUUACACCCGCCAUUUCUUGUAUGGACACAUUAUCUACGCGUGGAUUGUUUAUGGUAGCGAGUACUACUCUCAAUUGACGCAUCGCGUUGUCAUUGUCCUGUUGUUUACACUACAAUCACUCAUGUUCUUUUGGCUUUGGUCCAUCUUCAGGAUUGUCUACAAGAUGUUUGCCACCAAAGGUGGCGUGGUAGACGAUCGUAGUGAAGAUGAAGAAGAAUUGGCUGAGGAUAACAGCAAGCGUAGGGAUGUCUAAGAAAAAUACCUCUUUUUUUUUUCUUUUCCUUAUGGGGCUAUUAAUCUGUUUUAUAAUCAUCUUUAUUCAAUCUGUAGUAACU